CGAAACACGACACCCCGAGGACGGAGAGACGCACGGGGGGAGGAGAGAGUAGCACUGAAUGGUGUGAGAGAGUGGAGGACUUAAAAAAGUCUACAGAAAAAGAGGUUCCGCUCUAAACGGUAAUUUCUGUCAAAGAAGUAACAAAGCCUCGCGGCGGAGGGAUGUCAAACAGCGACGAAGAUGCGGUUGAGACGGAGUAAACAGCCACCGGACAGUUAGCGAAACAACUUGUUAGAGGAGAAGAGAAAGGUUUUCGGCUGGCUCGAGUCGGGACGGUUGGUCGCUUUCCGCCGCAACUUGAUUUCAGGCGAGUUACGGGACGAGAGGCGAGGACCGACAGCGAGGUCUUGACCGCUUGGCUCCCCGGAAAGAAAGCCCUUCGCUCGGUUUGCUCGAUCGGCAGAGAGCCGGGGAAACGGACCGAGAGAGCGCGGCGGCUCGGUAACACGGAGAGCCGCUGAAGCAGCAGCUCCAAAAGUUUGCCGUGUAUCUUCACCUAGUUUUCCAGAUUGGGAACUAGAGGGGGAGGAAGAGGCCGACAGACUGACUUUUCUUUCCACAAGCAACUGUGUGGAAUUCAUCCUGUUUGACUAACUUUAGCCGGCCAGCUAAAGUAGCUAAAGCAGAAAAAUGAAAACACCUGGAGACAGCGGGAUCGCCUUCCCAGAAUGGGCUUACAAGCCUGAGUCUAGCCCCGGGUCCAGACAGAUCCAGCUGUGGCACUUCAUCCUGGAGCUGCUCAGGAAAGAAGAGUACCAUGACGUCAUCGCCUGGCAGGGGGACUACGGCGAGUUCGUCAUCAAGGACCCGGAUGAGGUGGCCCGGCUGUGGGGGGCCAGGAAGUGUAAACCCCAAAUGAACUACGACAAACUGAGCAGGGCUCUCAGAUACUACUACAACAAGAGGAUCCUCCAUAAGACCAAAGGCAAGAGGUUCACCUAUAAAUUCAACUUCAAUAAACUUGUUUUGGUCAACUACCCCUUCAUCGACAUGGGCUCCACUGGAAGCAGUGUGCCUCAGAGUGCGCCUCCUGUCCCCACCGGUGCAGGGACUCACUUUCGCUUUCCUCCUUCAACGCCCUCCGAAGUCCUCUCCCCAAACGAGGACCUGCGCAGCCCCGGUGGCAUGUUCAGCUCUGUGGCCCGACGGAUGGCGCGAGGCUCCGUCAGCGAUUGCAGCGAUGGCACCUCGGUCAAUUCUGAGAUUGAGGAGGGCAACACGGGAGCUGGGGAGGAGAGGGGAGAAAGGGGUGUGAGUGGAGGAGGAGGACCCGGUGGUGGAGGAGGAGGUUACCGGAGUAUCAUCCAUCCCCGUCUAUCUCAUGAAACCCUGUUCCGCAUGUAUGGAGGGCCAGGUAACCCUGCUGGGCACCCAGGCUCCCGUGGUCACACAGGGCACCGGAUCCACCCCGAGUCUCUGUCACCCUUCCCUGUGUCCCCUUUGCCAGGGCCGGGAGGAGCUGGCCUCCUGGCUCCUCCUUUGUCCCCAGCGCUCUCCAUGACCCCAACAUCUCACCUCCCCUACACCCCCUCACCCACCCUGUCACCCAUGUUAGGCUCCCACUUCUCCUUCAACCCAGAGGACAUGAAGCGCUACCUACAGGCCCACACCCAGUCGGUGUACAACUACGGCCUCAGCCCCAGAGCUUUCCUCCAGUACCCCAACAUCGUCAUCCCUCAGCCCCACCGGCCUGCCGCAGACAAGGCCGGUCUGACCGGAGAGAGGGGAGCAGCCGAGAGAGCAGAAAGAGCAGCGACGGCAGGGGGAGGAGAGAGGGGAGGAGAACGGCACCACCAUCCACCUCUGGGUCACUCCGCCCACCACCACCCGCAUCCGCCUCAUUCUGCCCACCCUCACACCCAUUCUCAUCCCAUGCAUCACCCACUCCACCUGGGUGAGGAGCCUCCACACAUGUCUCCCUUCAAGUUCAAGCUGCAGCCACCACCACUGGGAAGGAAGCAGAGGGAGAGUCAAAGCCAGAGUAAACCCAGGCAGAGCUCCCUGUCCUCAGGAUCUGGGUCCAUGUCGUCUACCUCUGGCCUGGGCUCCUCGCUGUCGUUCGGUAGUGACCUGAGCUCAGCCAGUGGCUCAGGCCUCCUCUCUGCUUCAUCCUCAACGCAGUCCCUAAACAGCGCAGGACUUCCCAAGAUAAAGGUGGAGCCCAUCUCUGAUAUCGAGUCAGAGGAAGAGGUGGAGGUCACUGACAUAAGUGAUGAGGACCCAGAUGAGAGAGAUGAGGAGUUUGAUCUCUUCUCCUCACGCCACUCCAGAGCCCCUGACAGCCACCAUCACCACCACCUUGCUAACGGCACAGCUGCGCCCCAGCAUCAACCCCAUCCUGACGAGGACCUGGACGAGGAUGUCUUCAAAGCCCCUGCUCCGCCUCCACCUGGCCUGAUGCCCUUCUUCACCUCGCAGCACACACACUCCAAUGUGCAUCGUAUGCUGCCAACCCUCAAGAGUGAACCCACUGAACCAGGGGAAGGUAACACCCCUCCACCUCAGACGGGCUCAGUGGGAGCUCCCCAGACAAAGUGCAUCCCCCUCAAGCUGCGCUUCAAGAGGCGCUGGAGCGAAGACCAGCGCAUGGAGGCCUCGCAGGAGGAGUCGGACGACAAGAAAGUACGACCAGAGGAAGAGAUGGAAAGAGAGAGGCAAAGUAAUGGACGAAUGGAGAUGGAGGAGGACGGGACAGGCAGCGGAGAAGGGGACAGUCCUCCCCCGUUGGCGUACGAGGGCUCUUUAGCCACGCCAUUGGCCUCACAGCGGAGGGUGAGCGCUGAGCUGCAUCGUGCCACUGCCCAGCUGUCUCUGGAGAACAAAGACUGCUAAUGAGAGACAUAGCCCAAACACUACUGCUCUGGAAGCACUGGAGGUGGCACAGGAGUAUGUAAAUGUCCCCUCUGUAAUCCCUUUCCCACACCGACAAACUAGAUUCCUGAAACCUCCAGUGAACUGAGCGCUCAGUCCAACAUACACGCAUAGAAAACCAACACCUCAAAGACUUGUGUUCUGUCAGACCUCCCCCCCACCCCCCCACCCCACCCCACCACCACCAAUCCUCUGUCUGGAUCAGGGCUCCUCUGGGACACAUCCUUUGGGAGGUGGGACUCACUCAGACUCAGCCAUCCCAGGCACAGUGAGUGUAACAGGGCUGGAAUCUGAGGGAGGCUCCCUCAUGAUGCUUGGCUCCAAGUUCCCCUCCCACCUGGCCAGUGAAGCUCCAGAUGCCCUGCCCCAGUAGCACAGCUCCCGUCUUCAGGCCCCAUCAGUAGGAUCAGCAGCCAGUCAGCACUUUCCUCAGGGGACACACAAUCCCUUAAAACCCAGCAACACACCUAGGAUGAGGAUGUGCACGCUCUCCCCUAUGCUACUUUUCCUAUAAGCUGACGGGACUUUGAUAAGUGCCUGUAUCUAAAAACCCACAGCCCUGGAGUGACAUGGAAGAGAGCAAAGAAAGGAGAGGACUGAAGUAAUCAAUCUUUGACUCAUGAAAUCCUUGUUACGUUUGACAGAUACUGAAAAAUCAUGGGGGGAAAAAGGAAACUGUCUCCAAGACUGAAGAGUGGGGCUGUUGGGUGUUGUCUGACUGACUCUUAAACCUGGCCCACUCCACUCAGGGAAGCCUAAUGCUGUAUGUUUAUCGGAUUCAUACACACAAGCACACACAAGCAAAAAAAAAAACAAAACAGCCAACAGUGAAGGGGAUUCACAUUGGAAGCACUGCUUAUGGACACUUAACAGUGUUCACCGCGACGCAAGACUCAACACACGUUCACAUUUACACAUCCACAGACUUUGACUCUGGCACACUGUUCUCUCAGAGCUAUUGACUUUUGUAUAACCUUCCUUCUGUCUCUCUCCUGUCCUGCCCCUCUUUCUCUUGUGGACCACCUGUGGAAAGAUCACGACUCCACUCACAGAAAUAAUUUUAACCCCAGGGAGAUGUGAGGAGAGGAAAAGAGAAAAAUGAAGAAGUACUUCAGCGUAGAGAAAAGGACUGCUGAGGGGACCAUGAGGAGAAGGCAGCAGGGGGAGGGGAAGGGUUUGAGGGGUUCCAGUAACCGUUAACUAGCCUUCUCACCUCACCUAACAUGGCUUGUACACUGAAAAUUGUUUCGCGGAAGUCCCAGCAGCACAGAAUCCUAGUUCACCAGCUAAAGCUCCUCUAACAAUCAUAGAUAGUGUUAAACUAAACCAGCAAAACACACACAAGCACACACACAUGCACAACACUGCCUUUAGCUCUUAAACAUGCUCCCUCUUGCUCUCUGUCUGGACCUCCAGCUCUGUAGUGGCGUCAUCCUCAGAUGGUGUGCGUGUGUGAGACUGCCAGGCCUGUUAACUACACGAGUGUGAGAGUCUGAGAGAGCAGAGAACAUCUUAGACCUCACACACACACACACACACACACACACACAGACACUGCCUCUAUGCCUUGUUUUUAUAGCAUGUACAAAAGUGCAAACUGAGCUCUGAUAACACACAUACAGACUAUAUCUUUAUAUAUUCUAAAUGAAAUUAUUAAAGAAAGUGAGAUUUUAAAAGAGCGAUAGCAUUUUAAUGAUAUGAUUGAUUCAGGAUUUUUUUGUAAGUGGAUUAUUUUGAGCAGUAAGACAUGUCAUGCCGCUUACUAGGAAAUGUGGUAUGGAGGGUGGGGUGGGCAGACUGACGCGGGGUACGGGUCCGGGACCGGGUCAGGGUUUUUUUUCUUGUACAUUUGUUUCAUAGACAAAAGAGCCAGAGGAAAAACAGCACAGGCCAGUCCACCAGAACAAGACCAGCAAGAGGAAGGGAAAAAAAACAGGACUCGAACAGACUGCUAAUGAUUCAGAUGUGUGGUUCACUCUGCUGUUCACUUCAUUUGCAGUAGCUUGCCCUUUCAGCACACAGCACUCUGCUCUUUCCUGUCUGCACAGUCUCGCUCAGCACAGUAGGGUUCUCCCCGGCCCGAGCUGUGCUGGCCCCAGGCCACCUCUCCAGGCCCUCUUUGUGUGUGUGUGUGUGUGUGGGUGGGUGGGUGUGCUCAGAGUUAGCUCAUGGGUUAUAAAGUAGUAAUCCUGUCUUUUCUCUUAGGCCAGUUAGCACAAUGCUCCAAAGUACACAGCAGCUCUGGGUUGGGCAAAGGGGGAGAGAGCAGGGUUUAAGGGGUUAAUCAUUACUGUAAGACAGCCUGGAAACGUCGGACAUGCGAGGCCCUGUCCUUAAAGGCCCUCUCCUCAAACUAUGCACAUUCACACAUACACAAAUAAUUAUACUUGUGAUUAUGUUUUAACAUCCUGGAGCUUUUCGUCUUUGCGGCCAGGUCAUCCAGGCGUCUGAUUGGUUAACUGAGCCGUGUUGACCGGCGGCCUGUCCCCGCCUGACCAGCGACAAGACGGAUCUAUAGCAGCGAACUGUGAGAUAGAUGGCCUCCAGGCAGUCUGUGUAGCUGAGUUGAUUGAAUUUCCUCAUCAGACCCCUGUGGUCUGGACUGGAGCAUGUCACAACAUGUACACACACACACACACACACACACACACACACACACACACACUCAACCCACCAAGUCCUGUGUCUGUAUUUGAACUGACAGCUGCCUUAUUACUACUUUUCAUAUCUCGGCAACAGAUGAGGCAUCAGUCUUGUCUGCUCUGCACCGUUCCUCUCUUCUUUCUGUUUCAUUUUUCCUCACUGUGUUUCAGGCGUUGUCUGACUUCCUGCAAACUGCGGCGUGCUCUGACUCAGUCAUGAUGUUGCAGGGUAUAAAGAUUGAUUGUAACGCAGGCUCUCUCACAUCCUGUUUCAGGCCUCUACAGUCAAAGAACAGUAGACGAACAGCACAAACAUUUCUCUAUCAGAAGAGUAAAGGUUUUCUCAGUUUAUUUUUCUGAUGUCAAUAUUGCUAUUGAUUAUUGUUGUUAUUAUUGUUCUCAUUGGGUUAUUUACCUCUCCACCUGGCAUUAUUAUUAUUCCAUGGCUCUGUUAGCUGUUGCUUUUUAAUGUUGUGUUACAUCAUUUUGGAUGAUGUGGAACCCCCCCAAACUCCAUUCCCUGUUUUAAACCUUCAAGCCCCCAAACCAGAGACCUUUUUUCUUGUCUUUAGUUUUUACAAAUGUAAUAUAACUAAAAUGUGUAAUAUUAAUUUUGAUGCUGACAGAGAAAUAACAUCGGGGACUGAGAGGGAAGGGCAGCAGCAGCGGAGGAUUUUAUUUAGGGACAGAGGGGGAGUGAUUUUAUCUUUUUUUGUCAUGUAUUGUAAUUUUUAUUUUAUAAUGUUACUUUUUUCUCUUUGCCUCCGUAUAUUUUUUCAUUUUUUGGGGUGGGUGGGAGGGGAGGGGGGGUUGUAUCAUUUUAAAAGAAGAAGAAAGAUGUGUAUUGUUUGACUGUGUAAAGGUCUAUCUUCUCCCUCUUUCAGUCUCUCUUCUUUCGCCUCGUCUCCCCCGAGCAGUUACAUAACACUCAGAUGGAGAGAUGAGAGUUAAUACCAUGAUGUAACAUUGAAUUUCUCCACUUCUUUCGUGUUUUGUUUUUUGUUUUUUGUUUUUUUCAAACUUGUAAUUAAGCUGUAAUCAGGGUUAAUUAAAACCGGUUGAAACCCAA